AUGAUAAAAGACCAUUGUGUUUUCAAAAGUGAUCCACACAAGAAUCAGACAGAACCAAUAAUUCAGAUGAUGUUGGCCUUAGAGCAGCUAGAUGGAAUCUUGAUUAACCUAGAAUAUAAGCCAACCUGGAAAGGAGAGAACUUUUACAGUCGAAAGUCUUGUUACUGUAUUUCAGCAACCAUUAUAUGUGAUGCUGAAAAUAUUAUAAGAUAUUGUCAUACUGUAUGGCCAGAGUGCUUUUAUGAUGCUUGUAUAUUUGCAAAUACGCAUAUGACAAGAAAUCCUGGCCAAUAUUUUUCUGGGGAUCAAUACGUGUUGGGGAAUUCAGCAUAUGCACCAAGUCAUAUCAUUAUACCUGCCUACAAGAAGCCACAAAAUGGAUUGAUAUCAGUAGAAAAUAAGAAAUUUAACUAUAAGCAUGACAAUACAUAG